AAGCGGUGCGUUUUUCCUUUUCCGUGUUGAAUGUGAUUGUGAUUUCUUGAAUCGUGAUAUGAUUUCAGAAAUGACGAUUUUACCACAACUCACAUGCGUGUUGAAGUAGUUUUUCAGUUUUAAUGUUUUCGAGACAAAAUUAUUGGACUAGUAAGAAUAGUAGGUAUGUGUCAACUCGAAAUUUGAUUGUAAGUUAUAGGUAAAGUGAAUUUUGGAGGUAAAAUGCCCGCUUCCAUUUGUGACCCUGUAUCAAACGCAUUGCGUUUGUCUCUUACGGCUGAUGAAUCACAAACUUCAUCAUUAUUGGAUAGCAGAUUAUAUUCAUCAGCCAAAAAUGUGCUUCUGUCUAAGAUAGAAUUUGAAGAAUCUGGUGAUUAUCAAAGCAACGUUCUUGAUGGACUUAAAUCAAAAUACGUGGUAAUUCGACCUAAAAAACCUGUCUUGGAGACAAAAAUCUUUAAAAAGGAUGUCACUACAAGCGGACAGAGUAAUGAUCACACGAAAAAUGGAGAUGAUGGGCUACCAAGACCCAAGAAGAUUUUGUUUCCUGUGGAAAAAGUGCAAUUGGGUUGGCAAGGACCUUGGUCUGCAGGGUCAGGAAUGCAAAAUGUUGGCAACACAUGUUACCUUAACUCUACCCUUCAAGCACUCUUUCAUGUACCUGCUUUUGCCAACUGGCUUGUAUCAGAAUCGUCUCAUUCUGAAAAAUGUAAUCAACAAGAGGCUUGUGUCAUAUGUGGCAUGAGAGCGACAUUGAUGGCAACUCAAAAGAGUGGUGGCUCUCCAAUUAAACCAUGGCAAGUCUACUCAAAGUUGAGACUCAUUUGUAGACACCUAACACCAGGACGGCAAGAAGAUGCCCAUGAGUUUUUAAGAUACCUUGUUGAAGCAAUGGAAAAGUGUUAUAUUUCAAAUUUUAUAAAUUCAGACAAGUUGGAUCAAUACAGUAAGGAGACUACUCCAUUAAAUCAAAUCCUUGGAGGGUAUUUGAGAUCAACUGUACGUUGUCUUGCUUGCCACCACUUAUCUACUACAUACCAGCAUUUUCAGGAUCUUCUUGUGGAUAUCAGGAAACAUUCAACAUUAGAUGAAGCAUUGGAUUCGUUCUUCUCGAGGGAGAGAUUGGAAGAUCUGGGUUAUAAAUGUGAAGCAUGCAAUAAAAAGGUAUCAGCAACAAAACAAUUCUUCGUAGAAAGAGCUCCUAUGGUUCUAUGUAUUGCGUUGAAGCGGUUCUCACUUGCCGGAGGGAAGUUAUCAAAGCAUGUCCAAUUCAGAAAGAAAAUUACACUUUCCAAGUAUAUGUAUAAUAAAAACACACAACAGCCAUUGUCAUACAAGUUGGUAAGUCUCGUCACACAUUUGGGUCCAUCCCAAAAUUGCGGCCAUUACACAGCCAUUGGGCAAGCUCCAAACAGUAAUUACUAUCAAUUUGAUGACAGUUGUGUUCGGUCCCUACCGUUAUCAGCAGUUCUCGGCACUAAUGCCUAUAUUAUGUUCUUUGAAAAAGACAACUCAAUAGAAGACUUCAACGGACCGUCAACAUCAACCAAUUCCUUCUACGGAAGCCAAGCUUCGGAUAAUAUUCUGAAUAGAGAAAAGAGUCCCCUUAAAUUGACAUUUUAUAAUAGAAAUGAUGAACGAAAACUAAUACCUACAAACAGUACAAACAAUAAUUCUAAACCUGAUGUCAAACCUAUAAUAUUAAAUUCAACCCUCAGUCAAGUGACAGAUGCCAGUAGCUCAAACUCUGAACCGUGGGUUGUCAAACAAAAUGGGGAAGUGGAAAAGGUGACUACGCCCAAAAUUCUCAAUGGAAUUGAGAAGACAAACUUCAAAGUUGAGGAUAAAAAAAUCAGUUUCAUCGUAAAGAAGCCAGAAGAUGUUCCCAAGUCUAAACUUGUGAAGACUGAGCCGGAGAGUGCAUUUAUCGGUCCGAAGCUACCGGAGAAAGUUUUAAAUAAAUUUGUGAGGCAAAAGUCGCCGUUAGAGAAGUUGGAAGAGCAGAUGAAUAAAGGCAGUACAUCCGGUUAUGUUCAGAGGAAUGGCACUGGGUCCAAGUUAGUGCCGUACGAUUCAGAAUCCAGUAGUGAUGAAAGGAGCGAGAAGUUGAAUGAUGAGAAGAAGAAAGAUGAAAAGAAACCUAAGCCUAGUAGAUGUCAGUCACCGCAGCACCUCAUUGUGACCACAAAAGGCAUGCAUCAUGCUUGGACGGUGUCCAAUGAAAAUAGUGCUCCCUUACUUAGUCCCAGCCUCAACGGAGACACUAACAAAAAGCUUAAAGACAAAGAAGAUCGAGUGGGUGAAACACAAGAGAGUCCCAACACCAGUGUUAGCAGUAUGUCUCCUCUCAGCGAGCGGGAGCCUUCGCCCCCACGAGCUGCUCCGGCGCCCGCUGCCCCUCAGCACUCGGGCUCCGCCCUCGAGACGGCCAGGCAUUUGCAAGGCCUUUCCCACAGGGGCUAUGGGGCACCCGUUUCUUCCUGGAAUGGCACUCACAGUCAUUUAUCGAGACAGGUAUUCGAAGAAAGACGUGAAGAAAGAAAGCGUGCUCUCAACGCCUCGGACGAAAUGGAUUGCGGUCGUUCCAAAAAAGUGAAAAAGUUCCAUCAUUACAACCGUUUUCAUAACAGGCACGAUUAUAAUCCAUUCCAGGAUAAACAAAACAAGAUGCAGUGGGGUCACAACUUUAAAUACCGUAAUGAGCGACGGCCCGGUCAACACUACAACAAACAUCAUAACAAGUAUAAGAGAUUUAAUAGAUUCAGCAAUGGUGCCCAUUACAGACGCCAUUGACCCUGGUCGGUCAACAGUUUGACACUGUACAUAGUUGAAUGGACUUUAUGAGUAAGUUAAUUAAGUGCGAACUUACCGCUUGACAUAGUGAAAUUUAGUGACGUCAUAACUGCCUUGCGCAGCCUUAUUUUUUGUAAAAUACGCCGGAAAAGGUCUCAUAAUCGUACUUAACGCCUCAAUGUUUUGUCUCGUUCUCAUAUUUGAGGGUGAUGAAGACAAAACAUUCGUUUUGAGGCCCAAAGUACGUUUAUGCUCCUUAUUGUGAUUAAAUACGCCUCAUUAGUUAGUGGUUAAUGGUUACAUCGUCAAAAGAUGCUCAUUUGUUGUCUGUGUGAGAGAGACAACUAUAUUUUUAAGUGUUCGCUUGAGUACAAUAGACAAUUGAUAAUGGAUAGUGUUGAAAGUUUAAGUCUCUUUCCGGCAUUACUUGAGAGAAAGAGAUGGACCGUAAUCCUUGGUCUACCUUGCCUUUACUGUAUAAACGAGACAAAAAAAAUUGCAUGCAAAUUAUUGUGAUUAAAAGAAUAAUAGUAUUUAAUAACGCUUUAAAUAAUAAAAUGCAUAUAUAAUGAUCAUGUAAUGUAUUCUUUGAUCUUUUUCAUUUAAAGAGAACUGAUUUAAACGCGUUUAUCACAUUUUCACUCGAAACUUCUAGUUAUGUAAUAAAUAGCCGUAAAAUCUUAUUUAAAUGCCAUUUCAGUUUAAUAAUAUUCCUUUCCUUAACACAAACCUAGUAUUAAAGGCGCCAUUACAAACAUUCAGCAAUAUUUUGCAAUGGCGAUUCAAAUGUAAUUGAAAAGACAUACAAAGCUCAGCUUAGAAACACGAGUCAAUAUUUUUAUGAGUAAAUUAACCGCCACGUGAUCUUCUGUUUCUUUGCUUACUGACAGACAGACAGACAGAUUGAUAGACAAACAUUUUUAUUUACUAUUAUGAUGAAUAUUUAAAAUAUCAUGGGCGGCGGUAUCACUUAACAUAAGGUGAGCCUCCUGCCCGUUUGCCCCCUGUUCUAUAAAAAGUAAAAAUCUUUUAUAUGGCUUAAAAGUUUUUGAGCCAAAUCUACCCUCAUACGAUCGGAGGGUAUUUGAAAAUAUUUUUUCCGUAAAAUUCAUAUUCUAUUUAUUUGUCAUUAAGUAAAUGAAUGAUUGGAUUAUUUGUGUUUUUUAAGUUUAAGUUAGGUAAACUAAGUUGUCUAAGUUUUGUAUAGAAGUAGAUUAACUAAUAUUUUUUGUAAAUAGUUUCACAAGUAUUUUCUUUUACUUGGAUUUUGUAAAUAAACAAUCCGCCAAACUUCAUUAUCUCUGUGAAUAUAUAGUUAUAAAAUUAAAAGUUUUCUUAACAAUUAGCGAGAAUGACUAAGAACAACAACUAAUUUAACUAAAUUUGAUCGAAUAAAAACAAUCUCGAAAAUGAAAUCGAAAGCGUUCAAUGUUAACUUGGCGAGAAAAUAAUAAUAAAAUUUCCAAAGGUUGAGAAUGUGUAUUAAAAACAAAAUGACGUACAACAACGCAACAAUAUCUACGCAAUUUAUUGUUUUCUAUCAAUCAAUCAAAAUAUUUUUAUUCAUAUAGGGUACACUUAUAACUGUCAAAAAAAUUAAAUUCAUUGUAAAUUUACAUUUACAACCAGUCCAAAGGGCGUAGAGCGGGCAAGAUCGAUCGAGAUGUGGUUUUCGUUAUGUAAAAGUACAUUCUAAUUACCGAAUACACGAUCUUUUAUUAUUAUUAGAAAAAAAUAUACGAAAAAUAGAAAUGCCCUAAAAGUUUUGUUUUUUUUUUAUUUUAAUUCACACCAGUUAUGAAGUUUGGCGAAGUUCCUAAUAACAGUUGUCAUUUUUUUAAAUUUAGAAUUGUCUAUUCAAAUUAAAUCUUUAUUCAAAUAAAGAGUUUUCAACUAAAUGACAAUUUGCUAUUAGUUUAGAUUUGUUAUAUUUAUAAUCCAUGUAAUUGUCAUGUCGGAGCAUUUUUAAUUUUUGCAUUUUAAUUUAAGAAGACUUAAAACUGUUUUAAUGCCAGAAGCACAUGCCUUGUUGCGGAUUUCAAUUCUUAGUACCCAGUGCAGAUAUGUUUUCGUUAUCAAUAGAAUGACAUGUUUUUGUAAGUGUGGAUUGAGUUGUAUAAGUAUUACAGUAUCAUGGGUUAUAAAAUGUAUAAUAGUUUAAUUUUUGACUUUUAAGUAUGGAUGUAUGUAUGUCCAUUAAAAUGCAUAAAGCAAUCUUACUACCUAA